CCGGGGUUGAGGAUGGCUGUGUUGCUGAAGGCCCUGUAGCCAGGUUCUCUGGCCUGGUGGUCUCGGUCUACCCUUCCCCCGGCCGGGUUCUGGCCCCAAUCCCGGCCCGGCAACCUCGGGGCGAGACGGCGGUGACGACUUCCCGCUCGCAGCCAUGCACGACGCUUUCGAGCCGGUGCCGAUCCUAGAAAAGCUGCCUCUGCAGAUCGACUGUCUGGCUGCCUGGGAGGAAUGGCUUCUUGUUGGUACCAAACAAGGACAUCUUCUUCUCUAUAGGAUUCGGAAGGACGUUGGUUGCAACAGGUUUGAAGUGACACUAGAGAAAUCCAAUAAGAAUUUCUCCAAAAAGAUUCAGCAGAUCCAUGUGGUUUCCCAGUUUAAGAUUCUGGUCAGCUUGUUAGAAAAUAACAUUUAUGUCCAUGACCUCUUGACAUUUCAACAAAUCACCACAGUUUCAAAGGCAAAGGGAGCAUCACUUUUCACAUGUGACCUCCAGCACAAGGAGACCGGUGAGGAGGUGUUGCGGAUGUGUGUGGCAGUGAAAAAGAAACUGCAGCUCUAUUUCUGGAAGGACAGAGAAUUUCAUGAAUUGCAGGGGGACUUUAGUGUACCCGAUGUGCCCAAGUCCAUGGCAUGGUGUGAAAAUUCUAUCUGUGUGGGUUUCAAGAGAGACUACUACCUAAUAAGGGUGGAUGGAAAGGGGUCCAUCAAAGAGCUCUUUCCAACAGGAAAACAGCUGGAGCCCUUAGUUGCACCUCUGGCAGAUGGAAAAGUGGCUGUGGGUCAGGAUGAUCUCACCGUGGUGCUGAAUGAGGAGGGAAUCUGCACACAGAAAUGUGCCCUGAACUGGACAGACAUACCAGUGGCCAUGGAGCACCAGCCUCCCUACAUCAUCGCAGUGUUGCCUCGAUAUGUGGAGAUUCGAACAUUUGAGCCAAGGCUUCUAGUCCAGAGCAUUGAAUUGCAAAGACCCCGUUUUAUUACCUCGGGAGGAUCAAACAUUAUCUAUGUAGCCAGCAAUCAUUUUGUUUGGAGACUCAUUCCUGUCCCCAUGGCAACCCAAAUCCAACAGCUUCUCCAGGACAAGCAGUUUGAACUGGCUCUGCAGCUUGCAGAAAUGAAAGAUGACUCUGAUAGUGAAAAGCAGCAGCAAAUUCAUCACAUCAAGAACUUGUAUGCCUUCAACCUCUUCUGCCAGAAGCGUUUUGAUGAGUCCAUGCAGGUCUUUGCUAAGCUUGGCACAGAUCCCACCCAUGUGAUGGGCCUGUACCCCGACCUGCUGCCCACAGACUACAGGAAGCAGUUGCAGUAUCCUAACCCGUUGCCUGUGCUCUCUGGAGCUGAAUUGGAGAAGGCUCACUUAGCUCUGAUUGACUACCUGACACAGAAACGGAGUCAACUGGUAAAGAAGUUAAAUGACUCUGACCAUCAGUCCAGCACCUCCCCGCUCAUGGAAGGCACUCCCACCAUCAAAUCCAAGAAGAAGCUGCUGCAGAUCAUUGACACCACCCUGCUCAAGUGCUACCUCCAUACGAAUGUGGCCCUGGUAGCCCCCUUGUUGCGCUUGGAGAACAAUCACUGCCACAUUGAGGAGAGUGAGCAUGUGCUGAAGAAGGCUCACAAGUACAGUGAGCUGAUCAUCUUGUAUGAGAAGAAGGGGCUCCACGAGAAAGCUCUACAGGUGCUGGUAGACCAGUCCAAGAAAGCUAACUCACCUCUGAAAGGCCAUGAGAGGACAGUGCAGUAUCUGCAACAUCUGGGCACAGAAAACCUGCAUUUGAUUUUUUCCUACUCAGUGUGGGUGCUGAGAGACUUCCCAGAAGAUGGCCUGAAGAUAUUUACGGAAGACCUCCCAGAGGUGGAAUCUCUGCCACGAGAUCACGUGCUUGGCUUCUUAAUAGAAAAUUUUAAGGGUCUGGCUAUUCCUUAUCUGGAACACAUCAUCCACGUCUGGGAGGAGACGGGCUCUCGGUUCCACAACUGCCUGAUCCAGCUGUACUGUGAGAAGGUGCAAGGUCUGAUGAAGGAGUAUCUCCUAUCCUUCCCUGCAGGCAAAACUCCAGUCCCUGCUGGAGAGGAAGAGGGUGAGCUGGGAGAAUACCGGCAAAAGCUCCUUAUGUUCUUGGAGAUUUCCAGCUACUAUGAUCCAGGCCGGCUCAUCUGUGAUUUUCCUUUUGAUGGCCUCUUAGAAGAACGAGCUCUCCUGUUGGGGCGCAUGGGGAAACAUGAGCAAGCUCUCUUUAUCUAUGUCCACAUCUUGAAGGAUACAAGGAUGGCCGAGGAGUACUGCCACAAACACUAUGACCAAAACAAAGAUGGCAACAAAGAUGUGUAUUUGUCCCUGCUUCGGAUGUACCUGUCACCCCCCAGCAUUCACUGCCUGGGGCCAAUCAAGCUUGAUCUGCUGGAGCCACAAGCCAACCUCCAGGCCGCCCUGCAGGUCCUUGAGCUGCACCACAGCAAACUAGACACCACCAAGGCUAUCAACCUUUUGCCAGCAAACACGCAGAUCAAUGACAUACGCAUCUUUCUGGAAAAGGUCUUGGAAGAAAAUGCACAAAAGAAACGGUUCAAUCAAGUGCUCAAGAACCUACUCCAUGCAGAGUUCCUGAGGGUCCAGGAAGAGCGGAUUUUACACCAGCAGGUGAAGUGCAUCAUCACCGAGGAGAAGGUGUGCAUGGUGUGUAAGAAGAAGAUUGGGAACAGUGCAUUUGCAAGAUACCCCAAUGGAGUGGUUGUGCACUACUUCUGUUCCAAGGAGGUAAACCCGGCUGACACCUGAGCCCAGCAUCCCAAGGAUUCAGCAGAUGGACAGUUCAGCUAUCCCAGAGAGGCGAAGGAGCAACCAGCAUUAGGAAUUGGAGGCUGCCACCACCAGGUGUCUCUCCAUUUGGACAUUACUGGCUAUUUUACGCCCUGGAACAUCUUUGAGUUAAUUAGACUUGUUGUCUGGCACGGCCAGCUUUUUAGUAGAAAAAGAAAUUAGUUGAACCUUAUACCAUUAUGUCGUGGGCAAUUCCAGAGAAUUUAAUUCCUGCUUGGACAGGAGGAGGUGCACCAUCUUGCCUUUUGCACACCAAUCACCUGAAUAAGAAAACUUAUCUCAAGUUUUUAUAAUCACAGGGUUGUUUAUCGCAAGUUUUUCUAUUAAGUGCACAACUUCACAAGGACCCCUCAGCAUGGCUGACUGGAGAGUCUUGUGAGAUAAUACUAGAUCUACUCCAGCCGCAUAGACCAAACAGCUCAUUUUCUAACACCAGUUAUUUCUGUGUCUUAGCUAUACCCUGCUGGUCUCUUUAGUUUUUAGUAUCCUUUUCUUUCUCACUAUUUAUUUUCUUCCUUUAUUUCUCACCUCACCGCCCCACCCAGGCUUUCUCUCCAACUUUCCUGACACAGGGAAUAACUAAUACUUAAACAAGGUGAAAUGAGAAGCAAGAGGAAGUCUCAGUUUCUAGGAAUAAAAUGAUAAUUGACUGUCAGAUUCAUUGUAAAUAGAUCCUCUCUGGCUGUACACCUAUGCCUAGAAGCUUAGGAGAGCACCGUUGUCUGCCUAGGAAAGGGCCUGUGCACCUCCCCUCAGGGUUGGGUGUGACUGCAGCUCCUGAGGAUGGGCCGGCACUGCAUUGGUGUGUGAUCACCUAGGCACACAUCCCACAGAAGCAUCUACUCCGGCUUCACUCACCAGCCUCUCGGGCAGGUAGGUUUAGUCAUUUUGAGCGGAGUUCUUUGUGCUUUGAGCACCUUUCUGUUUUCCAGUCAGUUUCCAUCCAUUUGCCUUACGGCUUAGCCUGCCAUCGUUCUGGGCUUUGUUUUGCAGAGGUUGGAGGAUUGUGCUGGGUUAGUGUAGGAGGGUGGAUCUCUGCUAUACACAAGUAAUGAUCAGAUCAGGAACUGACACUGAUAUGAUGCCAGGCGUGCUUGUGAGGUGUUUGGGAACAGCAGAGAGUGGUGCAGGAGGGCAGGAGCAGCAGAACAUGGGUUUGUAAAAUAACUCACUGCCAGAUAUUUUGAGCAUGAGGGACAUUGCCAGAGGUGGAGUGUCUAGCAUUGCAAACUGAGGACACACCAGGAGAGUGGUCCUGCAGCCUGUCGUCCCUGGGGUUUUUGCAGACUCGCAGUCUUGUUGCCUCAGUGUCUUUAGUGGUGGUGAGGGUGGUGAUGAUGUCCAACACUGACACUGUUUCAGUGGCCUGUCCUUGACAUACUGUGGUCAUUUUUAAGCUUCCGCAUCGUGCUGUGUUGGGCCCUGUCAUAGGCCACCUUGCUGGUGGUAAGUAGACUAGGCUUCUCCUAGACACGCUUUCUGGAGGGGCUGGGGAAGACUGAGUGGGGGCCGCCAGCAUCAUUCUCAGACGGGAGGAACUCUGCUCAGGUUUGUGAGGUGGGAGAGUGCUUCAUGAGAGCCCUGUGGAGCAGCGUGUGGAGAAGGAAAAGCCACCGUCCUGACUGGCCAUGCCCACCUGCAGGAAACAGUGCUGCUGUGGCCCUGUCUGCGCCAGCUCGGACUGCGCUUCCUCUGAGAGCUGCAGAGAAGGAUCAUGCCCAACUUGCUGUACGCAGGAACUUGCCUGCCAUGCCAGCCCUGCCUCCUGGCCUGCUGCAUUCGUAUCUGCCAUUCUUAGAAACUGUGUUUGCAGCAAUAGAAAAAAGAAUGUGUGUUUUCUUCCCUCUGGUGUAUAUAUACCACCCUGUCUUCCCAAAGUCCAUUCUUCCUUCCCUAGACUGCCCCCCACGGAGGUGUGGAGAAGGCUGGAGGUGAAGGCUCUGUAAUGAGGACGGGUGAAUCUCCCUUAACUGUUCCUCAUAAUAAACAUGG